AUGCAGCCAGAGGUGGAGCCCCCGCACUCCUCCACCAAGGGCCACCCCAGCAUGCACAGGGAGGCAGGAGCCCUCCUUGUGGACCUAGGGACCCCGGAGGAGCUACAGACUUGGAGCCUGGGCAGGCCGGGCAAAUCCUCGAAGCAGUACCUGCGCCAGGUCAUUGCAGAAUACGAGGCGCUGGACCGAGAGCUGCCGUGCAUCCGGAAGUUCCCCACGCCCCCCGCUGCCCAGCCCCUCUGCCUGUGCAUGGAGACCUCUCCCGAGGAGGACUUUACCCACCUGGAGGUGCUGGAGGCGCUGGAGGCCGAGUUACCCGGGGCCAUGGAGAGCGGGCGCGUGAGCAGCAUCCGCUUUGAGAACAUGAACGUCAUCUGUGGGACUGCGGGCCGGCGGGACAGGUGGCUCAUCACGGUCACGGACUUCCAGACUCGCUCGCGCCUGCUGCGCUCGGGGCUCCGCCUCCGCGGGCUCGCGCACCCGCUCUUGCGCCACGACGAGCUGCUGCUGGGCGACUACCGCCUGCACCUGCGCCGCUCCAUGGUCCGACGGCGCAUGCUCGAGGCUCUGGGGGCGGAGCCGACCGAGGAAGAUUGACGCGUGGGGCCGGGCCCCGGCUGCGCUUGCGCACCGUCCAGCGGG